AUGGACGCAGGGCUGCCGCGAGCACUCAACCCACUGGCCCCGUCUCACGACACAGCCAUGCAUGUGCCCGCAGGCUCCGUCACCAGCCACUGGGGAGCCACGGGCCGCGGUUAUUUCUGCUUCACCACGGCCUCGCUGGCUCUGUGUCUCGUCUUUGCUGUGGCGACCAUAAUGGUGUUGGUAGUUCAGAAGACGGACUCCAUUCCCAACCCGCUGGGCCAAUUCCCCCUUAAAGGAGGGAAUUGCUCAGAGGACAUCUCAUGUAUCCUGGAAAGGGCUCCAUUCAAGAAGUCAUGGGCCUACCUCCAAGUGUCAAAGCAUAUAAACAAAACCAAGUUGUCUUGGAACAAAGAUGGCAUCAUCCAUGGAGUCAGAUAUCAGGAUGGGAACCUGGUGAUCCAGUUCCCAGGUUGGUACUUCAUCAUCUGCCAACUGCAGUUUCUUGUGAAAUGCCCAGAGCAUUCGGUAGACCUGAAGCUGGAGCUCCUCAUCAACAAAGAUGUCAAAAAGCAGACGCUGGUGACAGUGUGUGAGUCUGGAGUGCAAACCAAAAACAUAUACCAGAACCUCUCCCAAUUCUUGUUGGAACACCUUCAGGUCAAUACCACCAUAUCGGUCGAGGUGGAUAAAUUCCAAUAUGUGGAUACAAACACCUUUCCUCUUGAGAACGUGCUGUCCAUCUUCUUAUACAGUAGUUCAGACUGA